UAGUUUCUGUCUGUUUUGUCCAUCAAUUUUCAUGAAGUUUGUGAGAAAUAAAGCCAAAAAUCUCAAAAACUUUACGUCAAAUUAGCAUUCUAUCGACGUGUGUGGAAAAUAUAGAAUCGUAAUGAAUACAUAGUCAAUUGGGCGUAACCAACCUAAUUUAAAGAUGCCACCAUUAUUGAGAGCAAGCCGGCCCGCGCCAACACCUACAAGUCGCCAGCCCGGGCGCCAGGAGGAUAAUGGAAGACCAGGAUUUGCUCAUGAAAAGACUCUUGUACUUGGGGUAAUUCAACUCCUGGCUGGAGUUGCCUCAAUUAUUCUGGCAACAGUCACUAUCGCUGCAAUGGCGUGGGGUUAUUUUGUUGGAACUGGAGUGUGGUCAGGAAUCUUCUUCAUGGCUUCCGGGAUUGUUGGUAUCAUUACAUCAAAAAGGAAAGACAAUUGUAUGAUUAUUUCAUUUAUGGUGCUUUCAAUUAUAUCUGCUGGCGUAUCAGCUAUUCUGUGCGGAUUUUCUAUAGCAGGUCUUUUCAUCGAUCACCUCGAAGUUGAAGCAGGAAAAGUUCCAAAGGAGAAUGUCGUUCAAGUGAUGGUGGUGCACAGCUUGGUUCUUCUCAUUGGAUUAAUCGAAGGCAUCUGUGCCAUUGUUUCAGCAGUGAUCUGUUGUCGUGCUGUGUGCUGUGGUGUCUAUGACAGUGCAUACCAACCAGGUCGCCUGGCACCGGGUGGCAAUCCUGACGUGCGAUAUUUCCCUAAUCGUUUAAGUGGUGCAGGCUUGGCCGGGGAUCAGCAGCCCAUUGCGCUGAUCACCCCGACGUCGUCUUCUCAACAAAGUGGCCUGUUUUCAUUUCACGGAGCAUACAUCAUACAGCCGGCUGAAGUCAACAAUCAGCAAGUGAUGUACAUGCUUCCCGCGCCAGGGUCGUACGCUCCAAUACACCCCGCGCCUCCACCACCUUACUCGUCUACGGAUGCUUUAGAUUCUGACCGUAUCUCCACAGCGCCACCUGUAUCCACCAUUGGGAACCUUACUCAGUCAGUUGCUAGUCAUCCUACUACAACGAACACUACCUCUAGUCGUAGUGCCACUCUUCCUCAUCAACCAGCCCAAGAGAGACCGCGACCAACGUCACGUCAUAUAUCAACAUCGACGAGUUCAAUAAACCGCGUCGUCACCCAGGAUAACACUGUCACCAGCACAACUGCAUCGACUACUUGUAACAUUUCAAAUGAGAACAAUUCAACUCAUUCACACCAAAGUAGUGAAGAACUGAACAAUGCUCGCAACCAAAGUCAUGAUGGGUCUCCCGAGGUCACCAUCAGCCUAGAGCAAGAAAAUGAAGAAGAUAAACCGUAAAAUGACAAGUAUGCAUGGUACGUGGUAACUAGUUCAAUUUCUCAAUUGUCUCAGAUAAGUAUGUGUACCUGGCUUACAGUAUUCUUUCCGCAGCACUUGUGGGAAGCAGUUGGCUACAGAAAUGUACUAAGACUAAGAUAGCUGCAUUUUCCCAAUGACUAGCAUAAACUCUAUUCCAGACAUUGGGAAAAUACAGAGAGUCUAGCCUACACAUAGUAUAUGUACAUGUUGCCUCAAAAAAAUGGAUUAUAUGCUUCACAUGUAUUGGUUUGCCAUUUGAAUCGUUUUUAUAUAAAAUUCAUGUUUUAUACUUGGUAAGACAUCAACAGUUGGGCUCUUUCUGUUUUAGCAUGCUCAUUUUAAAUUAAUGAAUGUGCUUCCAUUAUAUCAAUUGUACGAACGUUUUUUUCAUAACUUUUAAAAUGCAUUUCAUUUUCAAUAAUGUCAAUAGUUGAGUUAUAAAUUUAGGUCACAUAACAUGAUGACGUUGUAUGUCCAGUAGCUGUCGAUUGCUUACUUGAACAUGUACAUGUAAAUUGUACAUUGUAUGAUUCACUUUAUCAGAUAUGUCAGGAAGAUGAAGUUUAAGAUAGCUUUUUGAAGACAGAUUAUGGUCUUUCUGGGCUCUGAGAAAAGUAAAGUGAACUCAACACGCCAGAGCAUGAUUUCUAGUGAGAGAAAAAGUCAGUGCAUACAUGUACAUUGUACAAGUUGUAGUCAUCCCUACAUUUGGUUUAGAAUGAAAAAGACUCGAUCAAAGUCCAUAUUUUUGUACUGGGUAUGAAACAAUUGGAUGUAGGUAAACUAUUCUAAUUUGCAUUACUACAAGGCACACUGACAUAAUUCAUGUAAUUUACGAAAUGUCAAAGUUUCAAUAAAACUGUCAUUGAUUUUGUCAAGAGGCCUGCAUGCAGGCCUUACCUUACCGUUACAUGGACCAAUGCUACAAACCAGUCCUCCACUGUCUAGGGGUUAGCCUAUUCAUAGAAAGACAAUGGAAUUGGAAAGACAAUUUAUAGUGGUAGAACAAUCUUGGUCUACGUCACCAUGUACAGUACAUGUGAUUGAAGGACUGGUUUAUUGGUUUAUAGACAACAUGUGAACUGCAGUAUGGGUACACAGAAUUGAAACAACCUGCACUGGACCAUCUCUUUAAUAAAACAAAACAACAUGUAGCACUUUGCCCUGUACAUGUAGCAUGCAUUUUAUGUAGGCCCUACUUACAAUGUAGACUCACACUUGCAUGACUGCUUGAACUGUUUUUAGCUCAGCUGACAAAGUCAGCGGAGCUAGUAGAAUAGCUGUUCAAAUGGUGUCCGUCCUGCAAUCCAUCCAUCCAUCUAGGGACCCAUCUGUGGACAAAAUUGGACAUUUCUGACCGGGAAAGCCCAGCCACUUCGUUGACGGUGCUAAAUUAGGAGUUGCCCAAGGUGAACUCAAAAAAUGAAAAAUCAGCGCGAUCCGACCUAUAUUAAGAGAAUGAGGUCAUUUCGCGUUUAGAUUUCUUUCCCUUUUUACCUCGGUCCACAGAGCAAAUAUUGAUUUCAAAUAUGGCUGAAUAUUUUUGAAUAUUUUUUCAUUUUUUACUUUUAAUGGAAUUAAUAUAGUUUUCACCGCCAGUUGGCGCUGCAGGCACAUUGACUGAAUUUUGGCGAUUUCAAAUUUGGCGGUGGCUCAACUUUUUUGCAAGCAGUGCUGCUGAUUGGCCGAUCGAUAGUAGAGAUGCCACCAUUUAAAAAUGGCGGUAGUCGCUGCUUCAAUGAAGGUGAGUGAACUUUCUCAUGUUCAAUCGGUUGAUACUCUUUUAAUCAACAUGACCAUGUACCUGAAAUUUGUGAAGGUACUGCAAAGAGUCUAUAUAAUUCAGAUUUAUCAAUAGUUUUUUAUAAUAUUGCGGAAAUUUUGUGCACAAAUUAGCGAAAGUUGGUGCUCGUCUCAUGUCAUUUUAGAGCGAGAAAUUUGUUUCCGUCGAUCUCUACCACUGAAAAAUCGCUUGCAUAGCUUCGAAGUUUUGUGAAAAUAAGUAUCUGAACUUGGUUUCAAAUAGUCUAGAGAGUUACCUUUGUGGUGAUACAUAUAGUAUGUGAUAAAUAUUUGUGGAAUUUGUGAAAUUCGGCUUUCAAACGUGCCGAUGAUGCAAGCGAUCUCACGUGAAUUUUGCAAGUCCUGAUUUGUCGACCGGGUGUCAAGAAUCACUCGCCUUAAUUCAGUUCAAAGAUCGAAAAUAAUAUCUGAACUUAGUUUCAAAUAGCCUACGCAAUUAUCAUUUCGGUGAUAUAUAAUGCAUGCAUGUAAUAAUUGAUUAAUCUGCCUAAAACGCGCAAUUAAAACGGCGAAAGAUCUUGAUAAACACCGCUGGUGGCGGUCGCACUAAAUAACGACCGGUAGGGUCCGAAGUCUGGCGGAGAAAAAAAGGUAGCGCCCGGAGGUUGAAACGGGAUUUUUAUGCACUUUUAACUGUAUAUUUAUGUUGUUUAGAUGUAUUUCUAACAGUUCUGUAACUUUGAUGACCAAGCUUGCACCCAAAGUUGGUAAAAUUGAUGCUUGUUUAUGGACUGCGCGAGCUACCGGAGAAUUCGCCGUCGGCCAUUUUGGCUACGGUCCCCGAGUUGUUGUGGUUGGCAAUUUUGCAACAAAUCUCGCCAUUUACGUUUGUUUUCUCCCUAUCUGGUCAUUGGCCGGGAAAAAAAUUAUUUUGAAAGUCACAUUAUACAUCGUAGUAUGAAUUCCACUGCAGUUUCGUUAGGCAGCAAUGCUCAUGUUUUUGGUUUGCAAUCCUGUACUGUCUACACUGCGCUGUGCAUGGUUGUACUGUUGGCUGUAAAAAAAGACAAAAACGAUAGCCUAAGAGGAUAACUCAACAGGCCCUCAUGAUUCAAUUGAUGGACACCUUAUUUGAUAGUACCUCAUCAUUAAGUCCACUAGAUCCUGUUCUGUCACAUGUCGUAGACGAUAGACAAUUUCCAAAAUGUAGUACACCACUCGCUCAUCUUUAAGCCCAGCUCUCGGCUCACAUCAUAUGGGCACGGUUGGCUGUUGAGUGUUAUGGUUCAGUCUGUGAGACUAAUUUAAAGAGGUUACACUUUAAUUUUGAAUUGGAAAACAGCCCACAGGACUGACUUUUCACUGAGUAAUAAGUGUGCCCUUCAAAGGUUAAGUCUCUUUCUGGAUUUGCUUCCAUAGAUGCCUUGUUCAGGAUAUCAUCUGACCGAUGCCUGGUCAAGCACAGACUGUAUCCGGUGGUGUACAUUUCCCCGUCUAUGUCACCCUUUUUUAUUCAGUCAGUGUUAAUUUCUCUUAUCUUUUUUUACAGAUUUACUGUUGUUGGUUAUUGCAAGAGGAGUCGUUGGCACAUUUCAAGUCCAGGAAAGCACUUGCUGUUCCCACAUUCAGAGUAAGGUGUGCUUACUCGUUUUACUGCUUUCCAUUCCCGGAGAGCGUUAUCAAAUAUCUGCCGCAAGGCUACAAAUAUCUGCCGCAAGGCGCUUCAAAUAUCUGCCGAAAGGCAUCAAAUAUCUGUCACACCAAUAAAGUUCAUUUUGUUAACCAACUCUUUAUCUUAUCUUUUCUUCACAUACAAAAAAGACCGUCCCAAAAAUUUGGCUGCACAUCCACUUCAUCAAUGUCCAGACAACAGUCGGUUCAUUUGACCAUUGUAAAGCACCAGGCCCCACCUCACAAAAUACACUGUAAUAAUUAUGUACCUUGUGUCCAUGUGCAUGUUAUUAGUUCCACCUACGCUGCAUGAAGACAAGGACUCCACUCUUUGACGUCACCACACAACUCCUUGACGUCAUCACACACCCCACUACUGCAACAGCAAUAGAAAUGACUUUACGUCAUAUAGCAGGGUGACGUCAACUCAGUACUUCAGCAUGCACUGAUAUAGCAAGAAGGUCUUCGCACCAGCACUUCUGCGUGCUAGACGUUAUAGCUUCACGUUGCCUCAUAAUAACGGUACCGACACACACUUGGCCCUUGCCUUCACCUAUCCAUUUCAGCUGAGCGCCAGGCCCUUGGGCCUCUUGUUAUGACUUUCACUUGAAAACAGAGGCAGACAUUCUCUAACUGUAUCAGCAUUGAACGCCUCCAUUAUCUCAUUCUCACUGCCGGUGUAAAUACGUACAUUGUGGUAUUAUAGAAUUGAUUCUUAACCCUUGUUUCCAAGGCAAUUUAUGUCCCUUGCAUUCCUGUGAAGUGGAUUUCAGGGGGGGGGGCAGCGGCAAGCAAGCCUUCAUGUAUGGUGUAAAACAUUUGUUUGACAUCAUUGGAAUUUGAUGGUGUGUAUUUAUUGUCAUAAUAUACUGUAUUAUAAUGGUGUAAAUAGAAAAUUGUAAAUUAUAAAAAGGUUUUUUUACAGCGUGUUGAAAAUAUUUUUUACCUUCAAUUUUUCUAAUUUAGUUUGCAUUGUCUGACGAGGUCAAAACCUAUAAAUAGUUUGAUUCAUAUUCUGCCACUGGGUGAUUCAACACUCAGUCAGUAGUGCUUUGACUCGAGUUCCUGUUGAAACAUUGUUUACAAAAUUGGUGAAUGGGCUGAAAAUAUGUGAAUUUUCAAGAUACAGGACUAGGUGACAUCUAAAUUUUGCUGAAAAAUCUCCACCUUUUGCCCAUUUCACCAAAUCUCUUGGAUAUACAACAUAGAUACUGGUCAAUAUGAAUGUACUGUUAAGUGGUCCACUUAGAAAUCCAUUCACCAAUUACAAUCCGUAACUCUCAUUUUCAGUGAAUUUGUUCUCAGUGGCAGUGCUAAAUGCCUUGUCCUGUCAUGCCUGUGACCACGUCACCCUCCUUGAUUUUAGCAUGCCGGGGCCUCCCAUAUCUCAUUUAUUUAAAGCGAUUGUGCAAUACAUGAAUGAUAUCAACCAUGUUAGUCAAGAUCAAUUUAAAAUUUAUGCAAUGAGUGCUGAAAAGAUGGUGUCAUGAUCGAUAACUGUGUUGAGUUUAUGGGUCGUUGUUUUGUGUAGCUUCACCACUACAUGAUGAUCUUGCAUCAGGCCUCAAUAACUCUGGAUGCUGCAAUAGAAGAGGUCUUGUUUUGCACUGACAAGACUGGCUUGUGAUCUUUCCAGCUUCCUAGCCACCUCCCACUCUGACAUGUCUGAUGGUGUCCCAAGUUCCUCUGACAUGUCUGAUGGUGUCCCAAGUUCCUCUGACAUGCCUGAUGGUGUCCCAAGUUCCUCUGACAUGUCUGACGUCUGUUUGGUAAAAAUUGCUCAUUUGCCAAAGUGGCAUGCCUAAUUUCACCUGGGUGUAAUGUUUUCUUGACCUAAGGUUUGAGUCCAUGCUGAAAUACAAGCCAUGCUAGAGGAGCAUCACUGAAACAAGCAUUCAUAAGGUGGUGUGUUUCACAGGAAUACAAUACAUAUACCCAAGUACACUUUUCAUAAUGAAUACAGAGACAGAUUUUGGUCAAUAUUGCUUAUGUGCAUUGAUUGAGCAGUUUGUGUUGUGGUACAGACUAGCUUAAUGAAAUAUGCAACCAUCGUUAGCAUCUCUGCUGCUGAAGUUAUAGCUUUAAUUUGCAAGAUAUCCCACACAAGCUGUUUAUUCACUGGUUGUCAUGGUAACAGUCACAUUGUCAGGAGUUGAGAUGGGCUGGUGCCACUACCUCAAGUCACUGUUACUGUAUUCAGAUGGUAGAACUCAGGCCACUCGUCCUCACUCUUCGGUUGGGAGAGCUGAGGUCUGUUCAAGAUAUCUACAGGUAUGGCUCUUGAUUCUCACCUGCGUAAUGCACGUACACUACAUGUAUACAUACUGUACAUGCAGUUGUAAAAAAUCAGAAGAAAGAGUAUGUGGCCAUCAGUGUCUGAUAGGUGUGCCCCAUGAUGGAUCCUAUGGCUGACUCAUGACAGUGUCGCACAAAAACCGUAUUCGGAUUCGAUCAGAUUCGCCCCGAUUCCUAACCGGAUGUGGUAUCAAUCAGCAACGAUGGGGCCUAAUCGGGUCUAAUGAGGCUGCACUUUUCUUGGUUCCUGCGACAAUCCGUUAGAUGUCGCGAAUUUCAACCCUGAUGUAGGCCCUACCUCGGAGUUGACUAAGGAUUUACUCAAUGGUGAAUCCUCUAAGAAGUUAGAUGAAGUGAUUUUGCUGAUAACAUGAAGUUAGAACCUCACUUCUGAAGCUAAUGUGAUUGGUCUUCCGACUGAUACUUCCUCUUGUUCUUACCUUCAACUCUCGGUUCAAACAAGGAGUUCAUCGCCACAACAGGCCAUUGUGAUUCCGUGAUUAAUCUUGAGGGCUGUCAGAAGUUCCUCACUUCAACACGCUGAACGAUAGCAAAGAUUCCUCCCGAUCUGUAAUCUUGACAUAUGUCUUGCCGAGGCUUCACCUUCUUUGCCAUUUCACUAUGAUAAGGAAGUUCUUCCUGAGGAUGCAGGAAUUCUGUGUUUUGAGUUGACCCCAAAUGUACAGUAUGCAUUUUUUGUAGGAUCAUCUAACCAUGGCCAAAUGUCCCAACCCAAAGUUGACAUUCAAACACCCAGUUUGAUAAUUAUCAGCUUAUUUGGAUAACAACUUCAUUUCAGAUCAUGUAUGUCAUGUAUGUGGAAUGUGAAUUUCAGUAGUACAAUUAGUCAUCGACCUCCUUUUCCUGCCUGUGAUUCACCUGCCACUACAUGUUGAUCACCAGUGUUGGUGGUGUGUCAGCUGUGAUAUUUUGUCGAGCGGAGAACGGCUUAUCAGGCCAAUCCCUGAUUGUCAUGCUUGUCUGAAUACUCUAAGCAUACAUGUAGCAUUUUAAAGCAACUACAUGUAGGAGUAAUACUCCCCCUGGCUGGGAUGCUGGCCUAACGCAGGUUAACUUCCCAGGCUAGCCUCGUGGUACCCUGAGAAGCAAGGACGAUUAAGUGCCUUGUCCAAGGACACUAAGAUGAAACAGUGCUGAUUCAUCCGAGUGUCGAAACUACAUCACAACCUGCUGGUUAGUAUAAGCCCGCCACUCUAACCACUCUGCCACUGAUCGAAGUCAGGGUUGUGUGCAGGGCCGCAGAAGCAAACAUUAACCCCUGGUUUCCUCAGCAUGUUAUUUACUGUGUUUUCAAAUAAUAAGCUCAGCCGGAGAGGUGUUCAAUAGCUUCCUUCCUAGUGUUCCCUGCAAAAAAGUCAAGAAUUCUCUGGCAUUCCUGGCCAUUCCUGAGCCUAUAUGACCCAAUUUAGCUCAGGAGAUCCUUGAUACAGACAAUAAAUGCCAUCUGGAAAUAACCCAUUUCCCGGAGCAACAAUAUAUGAGCGAUGCGAAUGCCAUUGUUGUGAAUUAAUUCUGGUCAUGACCAGUGUGGAUUCCCACUUGGUAUCACUCCAUCUCCUCAUCUGCCUUGUUUUGUAAACAAUAUGACAAUGGAUACAGUGGAUUGUAGAUUGUGCAUCUGGAACAUACAGCAUGUUUGUACAUGUAAAUCUGAUUAAGAAAUGAUCUCUUUGAGGAUGGUGCUUGAUCCUAAAAUGUUAGCAAGGGUCCUGCCCAUAGACAAGCCAAAAUUAUAAAUUUCCAUUCCACUGGAUUGCCAUGUAGCACAACAAUCAACAGUAUGAAAUCACCCCGAUGUAGAAAAAUGUGUUGUGGACGUAAGGAGGAACCAGACUGGGAUUUGAACCCACGACCGACUGGCCUUAGAUAGAGUCGUGUACGACUCACUACCACCUCAUGGAGGCCUACGAUGUCUACCGUUAAACAGGAUUGAACUCAUCGCUGUCACAUGAGCUGUUGCUGCACAUCAAUGUCAUGAAGUGUUCAACAUGUUCAUUGAUUUUAGUGCACUUGGUUUGAACCAGGGGUGUCAGAUAAACAAAUCGGGAGAUGAUAGAAGAAGAUUUGAUCUAAGGCGGCUUCACAAACUGCAUGGGUAUCUGUAUUGGUAAGUUGUGUCCUGGGCAAGGCAAACAUGUGUUAUAUCACUAUAAGUUAAGAGUCUCAUCUAAUUUUGUUCCCAGGGCUUUGAAGUUCUAGUCUCGUCUGAUUCCCCAAAACUUUACUUUUACUGAAUUGCUGUUGAAAAGUAUGAACAAGUUUUCAAGUAUUUUCAGCCAAUCAAAGGCCAUCAGACAUGUCUGGUACUUCAAGUAAUUUGACUGCAUGUAAACAUUUUUGUAUUACAAGCUUUUUGUCAUGUUUCUCAUGGUUCAUGUAAUCAGGAUUAAUUCUUGGUGUAAUGUCAUGUACAAUGUAUUUAGAUCUGUAUAUUGUGAAUGUACAUAAAUCUGAUGUGAUUUAGAAUGAGUACAUGCUGAGGAAAUCUGAGUUUAAUGGUUGCUUCUCUGACCAGAGAAGGGAACCCCUGAUUUCGUCAGGGUGGAAUUGGUCAGGACAAAUCUUUAUUAAUUCUCGAUGUUAUGUACAUGUACAAAGGUCACUCACAUCACAUCACUUUUUAAAUAAUGAGUAUAAAAAUGAGGAAUUAGAUCUGAAAAGUGCAUAGUUUAGACCUAAAUGUGACUUUAAACUCGCACUGCUGACUUACUAGUUGGCUAUCUUUGGCUUUAUUGCACCAAAAUUGCAAAGUGUUUUUGAAAUUCAUUUGUCAUGCUGUUUUCAUGCCAGUGGAUUGAUCGUCAAUGUUUUGUUCCAAGAGUUUUCAGCCAUAACUCUGAGCAAAUUGUGUUUGAUCUGAAUGAUGUGGUACAAUAUGCACUCCUACCUGCUACUCCACUAGGGAAAGCGAGUCCAAUCAGUCAUGGUGCAAGUAAGGACUUGUGGCUGUCUUGGUGAUUGUUCUAAGUGUCACAUGCUGGGGGAUGUGGCAAACCUUUCCCUCAGCAUGAAUUGUAAAUAAAUUGCUUUUGGUGUUACAUGCUAUACCCCCAUGGAUGAAAUCAAGCUUGGGUUGUGUCAGACACAUAAAUCUUAUCUUGUUAUGCUGUCUUAUGAUGUCUUAUCUCUUAGGCCUAUACAGAAUCUCUUGAUUUGAAUGUGACAUAAAAAUUACCAGGGAAACGUCUGCUUGCAGAAAUCAGUUGUCCGGAGAAGUCUUGUGGUUCUAUGGUGGCUGGUAUUUUGGGUGGAAACCAUGCGUACGUCCUCUCAACGGUCAAAAGACCUCGGUCGACUUCAUGUUAGUUUAGACAAUUGUUAUGGCCGAGUGGUUGUGGAGAGAGAAGAACAGAACAGUUUGAUGAAGCAGUUGCAAAAUGCCAGUAGAAAAUGUCUGCAUUGCUCACACCAAUAUGGUUUUAGCAGGUUUUCAACAAAAAAAGUACUAAUUUAGCGACUAGCGUUUGACAAAGUUAUAAAAUUCACGCCAAAAAAUUAAGAUGAAAUAGGAUGUAGUUUUGUGCACAAUCUCAUUUAUGGUGUCUUCCAAUUAAGAUCAAUGGAUAAACAAUUUCAAUUAUAUGUCAAACAAAAAUGCUUGUAGAAGUUUAUACAAGUUGUUUUUAGUGUGUGUAUUCAAAUGUGAUGUUAUUUAUAUAUGCAAUUAAUGUACAAAUAAUAAGUGUAUAGGACUACUUGUAUUAAAAUGAAUGGUGCUCUGUUAAAAGAUCACAAGUAUUGUACUAUUGCACGAUGUUUAUGAUAUCAGUAUGCCAUGAUAAAGUAAAUAAAAACUGAUGUCAAGAAA